AUGCCGCAAUUGUGGAAAGCCAAACCUUAUAAAAAACUUAAUUCAAUAAAAAAAAUAAAAAUACCCCGAUUAGCAAAUAAUCUGAAAUAUUUGACACAUCUAUUUUACCUCUCGCUGUUCAGCUUCUAUUUAAUGAAACACAGUCACAAAACUGUCACCAUUCGACAAUUGGACCGAUUCGUCCAAGACCUGAAGCACAUUUUGAUUUGGACUAAACUACCUGGUAUCGAGAAGGAAGGUCAGGUUGAGCUAAUAGAUAGAAGAUGCGAUUAUUGGAACUGCUACUUUACUAAAAAUAGAACUUUACUUGAAGACAUGAAAUACUUCGAUGCAAUAAUCUUCAAUGCUCAAGAAGUGAGUAAAGGGAUGAAAGAUCUUCCUAAAGAAAGAGGCAGAACUCAGAAAUUCAUAUUCGCAGCGAAUGACUCUGCUGACAAUUACCCAGUUUGUGACCCUGUCUAUGACAAUUUUUUUAACUGGACUUGGACCUACAGGAUCGACUCAAUUAUACCUUACGGAUUCAUCUCUGUCUACAACCUGGACGGUAUCGAGCUCGGCAACAACUUCCAGUUCAAGCACAACAUGAAGUCAUUGAACUUAGCCCAGAUGCACCAUAUGACUGUCAACGCCAGACAGAAGGCAGCUGCGAUUUUCCUGGAGAAAUGCAAGUCCAGAAGCCGCAGGGAGAAGUUUAUUGAAGAGUUGCAGAAAGCAUUAACCAAAUACAAUCUGACUGUGGACGUCUACGGACAAUGCGGGCCAUACAAAUGCAAGAGGAAAUCAAUGAAAAGCUGCAACUUCCGACUGAAGAAGACUUACUUCUUCUACCUCGCUCUAGAAGAUUCUAUAGCGGAGGAUUUCAUAACAGACGUCGUCCUGCCCGCUUAUAAGAACGAUAUAGUGCCGAUUGUUUAUGGUGGGGCGAAGUAUGACAGGUUUCUGCCAUACAACUCCUACAUAGACGCGCGGAAACACAACAUUUCGACUCUGGCAAAGAUGAUGAAUGGCAUCAUGGAAGAUGGGACACGAUACUAUGAAUUCUUCAGAUGGAAGAACCACUACACUGUUGAAUCAGCGAACAUUCUAGAUCCCUGCUCCCUCUGUGAGCAACUGAAUCGACCUCUUCUAAAGCCACAAGCACCAGUCAAGAUCCCAUUAGGUCGACACAGCGCGCAAAUAGCGCAAAGCAAAGAUAAAUAUUAA